AUGGAAGAGGAAAAUUACGGUUCUAGUGUGCCUUUUAUGGAGUUGCAGUCAGAUUUGAAGGCAUUUCUGUCGGAUAAAGUCGUAAAAAAGGAUUUCGUGGGGUUUACAAAUGGUGCAUUUAAAAGUGGUGAUGGGGAUUUGGGUUAUGUGGAUAUAAAAGUCGAUUGGAAUGUGAAAUAUGAUGAAAAUCAGUUUGCUGAUACGGCUGGUAAUGGGAAUGAACAUAAAUCGGGUUUGGAUUUUAUUAGCAGGAAAAGAAAGCGCGAAUGCUAUUUGAGCAUGCUAAGUUGGAUCCGUGAAGUCGCGAAAGAUCCCUGUGAUUUUGCUGUUGAGCCAAUGCCCGAAAGGCACAAGUGGAAGUGUUAUGGGGCAGAGAUACCAUGGAAAAAGAUUCUACUGGCACGUGAAGCUAUGCUUUUGAAAAAGAAUGUUGAUGCAAGCUCUCAACAAUCAAUUUGGCAGAGGAAACAAAAGAUGCAUCCAAGCAUGUAUGAAGACGACCAAUGCAACUCCGAACGACAAAGAUGCAGUCAAAGGCUACUGUUUGCAAAAGAUCCGUCUCAAAAGCCACGCGAACGCCUUUUUCAAGAAUCGAGUUCUUCUGAUUUUCAAAGUGACGAGGAUAAAGCCGAUAGGCUUUUCGAUUCAACAGCUGAGUCCACUAAUUUUUGCGCAAAUCAACGCCGACAGAAAAGAAUUCCCAUUGGUCCAAAUUCUCAAGCGGAUAUACCCGAUUUUGUUGGUGAGGGUUAUUACAGAAGUGAUUCCCAAUGGUUAGGCACUAGAAUUUGGCCAUUUGAAAAAGGGGAACAAAGGAGCAGCUUAAUCGAAAGGGAUCCUAUUGGUAAGGGAAGACAACAAACGUGCGGCUGUGAAUAUCCGGGCUCAUUUGACUGCGUAAAAUUUCACGUGAGGGAGAAAAGGGUGAAACUAAAGCUCGAGUUGGGCUCUGCUUAUUCUAAAUGGAAAUUCGAUAACAUGGGUGAACUUGUUGCACUUUCUUGGACGAAAGAGGACGAAAGCACAUUUCAAAGAAUCGUGGACUCUAAUCGGUUAUCUUCUGAAAAAUAUUUUUGGGACGAGCUUUUCAAGUGCUUUCCUAAAAAGGGUCGUGAGGCGUUGGUGAGUUAUUACUACAAUGUUUUUGUUUUGAGGCGUCGAGGUUGUCAGAACCGGAGUGGGACGAGCGAGAUUGAUAGUGAUGAUGAGGACUCUGAAUUCGGGCCGAUCGGUAAUAGGUUUGGACAAAUUGCUGCAAACUCUCAAAGUUCGAUCUUUUGUUCUCCUAAGAAACCUCACUCCAAUGUCGUUUAA